AUAACAGCAUUAUAAAUAGGGCUGUGUUCAGUUUGCUGCAGACUCUCACUCGCUCGUCUCCCUCCUCCUCCUGCCACUGCUGCUGCUCUUCCCUCCCACACGGAUCCCAGUGCUGGCCAUGGACCGGUCAGCCUUCUUCCUCAGCCUCCUCAGCUUGCUGGUGUGCCUCCUCCCCAUCCUCCAGGCAUGCCCCUCGAACUGCCACUGCCACGGGGGAGAGCUCCAGCACGUCAUCUGCGACAACGUCGGGCUGAGGAAGAUCCCCAAGGUGUCCGAGCAAACACGGCUCCUCAACCUGCAGAGGAACAACUUCCCCGUCCUGCCGACCAACGCCUUCAGGGAGAUGAAAGGGCUUGUGUCCCUCCACCUCCAGCAUUCCCAGAUCAAGGAGAUCUCCAGCGGCGCCUUCCGGGGGCUGAAGCAGCUCGUCUACCUUUACCUGUCCAAUAACGAUAUCAGCGUCAUCAAGAUGGGCGCCUUCGACGACCUGUCGGAGCUCACUUACCUAUACAUGGACCACAACAAGAUCUCGGACCUGCCCAAGGGGCUCCUCUCCCCGCUCAUUAACCUCUUCAUCCUGCAGCUGGGCAGCAACAAGAUCCGAGAGCUGAGAUCGGGGGCCUUCAGCGGUGCUAAGGACCUGCGCUGGCUCUACCUCUCUGACAACUCCCUCUCCUCUGUCCAGCCCGGGGCCCUGGACGACGUGGAAAACCUCGCUGUCUUCCAUUUGGAUAAGAACCAGCUAAGCACUUACCCAGUGGCUGCCAUGAGCAAGCUGAGGGUAGUGGAGGACCUGAAGCUUUCUCACAACCCCAUGAAGGUUAUUCCUGACUAUGCCUUCCAGUCCUUUGGGCGCUACAUGGAGACACUCAGUCUGGACAACAUGGGCCUGGAAAAGUUUUCAGAUAAAGCAUUUGCUGGAGUGACCACACUGAAGACUGUUCACAUCGAGAACAACAGACUUAACCAGCUACCUGGGAACUUCCCGUUCAGCAGCCUGGAGAACCUCACCCUGUCCAACAACCCUUGGCUCUGCUCCUGUCAGCUAGCAGCUCUGCGCAAGUGGUUGGAGUCCAGCCGCUCCCGCCCAGAUGCGGUUUGUGCCUCACCAUCUCAGUACCGAGGGCAGCAGAUAAGAGACACCGCCGCGCUCCGCAGCUGCAAACUCCCCACCAGGAAGUCCAGGAAAGGAAACCGCCAUUAAACAGGCCCUGGUAUGGCUUGUCCAGGUGACUGGCCGCUUCAACCAAUCA